AUGCGAAGAGGUAGAGCAGGGACGCCGUCUAAGACGAUGGCUGAAGCGGCUCUUCUUGGGACUGAUGGAUCUGGAUCGAAGCCGGAUAUUAGGUAUAGAGGAGUGAGAAAGAGACCAUGGGGUAGGUUUGCUGCCGAGAUUAGAGAUCCAUGGAAGAAAACCAGGGUUUGGCUCGGUACUUUUGACUCUGCGGAGGAUGCAGCUCGUGCUUACGACGCCGCUGCCCGGAAUCUCCGCGGACCUAAAGCCAAGACCAAUUUUCCGUUGACCCCGUCACCGUAUUACCAUCAACAAAUCCCAAACGAUCAUCAUCCCUUCCUCGAUCAUCACAGCAUGUUGUACCAACAUCCAAAUCAUCACAGCGACUACCCGAUUGUUGUCACACAGAGGCCGACCUGCAGCAGCCUGAGUAGUACUCUCGAGUCUUUCAGUGGACCUAGACCGCCGGUAAAGUCAGAUUUUGUUUUACCCCGGAGACACCACCCUCGCUCUCCUCCGGUGUUUCCAGACGAUUGUCACAGCGACUGCGAUUCGUCGUCUUCUGUCGUUGUUGACGGAAUCGGGGAAGGAUGCGAUGCCGGAGAAAUUGCUUCUUCAUCUUUCACAAAACCCUUUUUAUCGAUCGAUUUAAAUAUGCCGCCACCGUUCGAUGAUUUUGAGCUGGCCGAUGAUGAUCUUCACUGCACAGCACUUAGACUUUGA